AUGUAUGCAGCAGCAAAGAAGGCAUCAGGACCCACCUUGCUGUUGGCAUCACUACUUGCCACUCUCCUGCUUGCGGGUUUGUGUCCCCUCACCUUGGUAGGAUCCGCCCCCGCGCCGCCCAUUGGCUCAGGAGAAGAGACUGAUGACGUCGCCGCUGAAGACUUUGGUCCGGCUGUGCUGAACCCUGUGGCCCUGGCGAAGCUCAUUGGACGAGAGGCUGCGUCACUCCAGAACAAGCUAUGUGAAAACCAUGGUGUCUGCGAUAACAGUAUGGAAAUGCUGGCAGAAAACAACCUGCAGCUCCCUAAAAUAACCACUAAAGAUAGGUGCUUCUCCUCAGGAUUCCAAAAGAACAAAUGCCUGAAUAAGAUCCACCACGACCUGUUGAUAUUUGAGAUCUAUCUACUGCAUGUGAAGGAGACUUUCAGAAGUGAGAGAAGCACUUUGGAGUCCAUAGAAUACAAGACAAAUGUAUUAACAGGGGCCAUUAAGAGGAUGAUGAAAAGAUCUAAAACUGAAAGUGAUGACAAAGAAACUAAUACCCAGAUCACCCAGGUUCGAAAGUCAGAGAAUCUCUGGAUUCAGAAAGUCACAAACCGACUCAUCCUGCAAGCUUUUAUUGACUGUAUACAGAAAACUGCAAGAGCAGUGAGAUAUAUUGGUACUUUCCAUGGUGGAAAGAAGAUUUAGGUGGUUAUGCCUCUUCUACCUAUUAUACUGUGCUACUGUGUAGCGCUAAAAGUUAUGUCUCUACAGAGAACUAACUGCUUUAUAAUUUAAAUUCUCUUUUAUUAUAAAAAAUACAUUACAUGUACUUUUUAUAAGUAACUUAUUUCUUAAAAUAUUAUUAUUGCAUUUAUUUUGCAUAAAGAUCAUUUCACUGUGUUAGUAAUGGGAUGCACAUCAGGAGAUUCCAGGGAUAACAUUAAUAACAGGUUUCUCCAUUUUAAAGUAGUUAACACAUAGUUCAAUAGGAACUACAGAAAUGCAUCUGUCACUGGUCUGUAUGUGUGCAAUAGAGCACUGUGCAAGUAUUGACAGGUAGACAGAUUCAUUUAUUCUCCUUGAUACUCCUAACAUGCAACCUGUGACUAAUUGGGUACAGACCUAGAAUCCAUUUCUAGAUACUGGGCCAGUUGCACAGUUACUGGAGAUGAUAGCUUUGGUGUGCACCUUUUCUAUUUUACUUGUUUGUGUUAUAUUUUUAUACUGUCUUCAUAAAAAAGCUCAUACAACAUCACAUGCAUUCAGCAUGAGAGUAUUUUGGUUUACAUAAGAUAUUAUCCAGCUUACUAGAACGUGACUAAUCUAUGUCUGUGUACAUAGUCAUGGCUGAAGACUGACUACAGUUUAUUCUAUAUUUUAUUGCAAGUAUGUGGAUCCACCAUUCACAUUAACCAUUUCUUCUUCCAAGGCACACUUUUAUAAUUUAUGUUCUUAAAUGAAAAUAGAAAGAAAAUAAAUCCAAUGGCACACAGAACUGCUG